UAGAUGCUGUCAGAAAAAGCAGCAAUGAUCUCAAAGUUGGCAAAAACCAUAUCUUUGCAUUCAAAUGCCCUCAAAACAAACAUUGUUUUUGCAUUGUCCAGAAUGAAUCUUCAACCAGUUGUACUCAAUGUCGACGAUCACACUCAGAAGUACUGCAAAGUGAUGAUGAUAGCUAUAAAUGUUGGUUUAAAGAUACUCAAUCAUCCAGUUCACGAGCUGAGCCAUCAUCAGAAGGUUCAUCUACUGCAAGGCCCACAGUGCAACCCACUGGAUUAGUAACAGCACAAGUGUCUGCACUAGACAGUUGCUCAGCAAAAGAGGUGCAACCUAAUCGCAUAAAAAAUCCUGCAAAGAAUUGGAUUUGUUGCAUGUUAAUAAUUAUUUUGGCUGUUUUGGCUGGUGUGACUAUAAACCAUUUUGUGGUGGAAAAAGAUACUAAUGAUGUUGAAAAGUUCUUGACUAUCAUGACUCAUAUAGCUACUGGUGCUUUACCAGCACAGCCUCAUCACAACAGUACCACUGUUAAUCCUGAUAGUGAUCAUGGAGCUGGACAGCUAAGUAUAGAGGAUCUUGAUAAAGUGCUAACAGUGUUACAUGAAGCAAUGUUUGGUUCAGCAGAAUGGAAUAACUUGGGGCUGAAGUUAGGCCUACUAGGACCAACAACACUUGAUGUUAUUGAAGACGGUGGUGGUAAUGCACAUAAGAAACUAAGGAAGACUAUAAAAGCAUGGCUGAGAGGAGAAGAUAAGGUAACUAGUAGAACAUGGCAGACUUUGAUUGAUGCUGUGAAGGGAACAGGAGACCGUGCAGCUGCUGAAAGAAUACCUGAUAAACUGAAAUAACUUUAUGGUAUUACCCUUUAAUAAUAGUAAUAAUAUUUUGAAUGCAUUCUGCAUUAUUUCUGCUUUGUGUGUCUUAAUAGUAUUUUUGUUUAU